UUCUGUGUGUUUCUCUAAAACUGAGAAAUGUUUCCACACGAGGCAAGUGGUAGAGUAAGCGGAGCGGUCGCCCAGUUAGUCGUUCUGAUUGCCAUGUUGAGCAUCGUCAAUAGCCUGCACAUCCAGCCCAAACAGUUCCAGCUUCAGGAGCCUGUGCAGUCGCUGUGGCAGUCGUUCCCCCUAUCUGCACCUUUGGCGGCACCGCCACGUCUGGCGGAUGAUUACGUCAGCGGGGUACUGAGUCUAAAGGAAAGUCUUCUCAAGAAGCCGGUAGCCGGCGGCUACCGGAGUGGCAUGAAGAGCCUGCCACAGAUGGGGGAGAAAAGUCAACAGCAGCAGCAGAAGAAAGAGGAGAAUGUUGCUUCCUUCGCCCGGUUGAUGCCGUCGAGGCUUUCCUACGAAUCCCUCAAGAAACUAAUGGACAUGCCUGCCGUGGUAGAGGCGAUUGCCCAGCAGUUACAGCAGGACGAGUUUCUGCAGCAGGUUCCGUUUAUGAAUCCGUCGGUCAAGGAAAACGAGCAGAUCACACAGGAGGAGUUUCGGCAGCAGAGAACGGUACAGACAAACUAUCAAACCCAGUUGCUGCAGCAGCUCCAACAGUUAUUCGGGAUGCGUCCAAAGUACCAGCCGGAGUUGAAUGGGGCUGCGUUGAGCUGCACCGCGGCUCCUGAUAUUUCAGUGGACAGUGAAGAAUGUCAGACGGACUUUCCUGAAGAAGCGGAAACGACAGAGGAGCCCACGGAUGGGGAGAAGGUCAUCGUGGAUGUAAAGCCUGCCAAGCCGGACAAGAACAAGGAAAAAGCAAAGACCACCACACCCAAGCCCAAAAAAAAGACCACCAAGAAGCUAUCCUGCUGCACCAAGCCAUCCAAGGAAAAGAGCGGCAAGAUGCCCAUCAGAUUCUCCCUGAACUUCCAGAACGAGCAGUCUCAAGAGGACGAGGAACAGAGUCAGGAGACCGAGGAGCAUGAGCAACAGCCCCGCACCGGCCGACAUGUCUACAAUCCUGAUCUUUAUUACGAUGCCUUCGCCAACCGUUUCCGAUAUCGCCAGGAAAGUAAUGCCGAAGCCUUUGGACAAAAUGAGAUUGAGACCGAAGAUAUGCAGUUGCAGAGGAUGAAGCGAAAGCCGUUGAUGAACCCUAGCCGCAAUCAGCGUCGAGUCCUGGACAGGCAACGCCUGCUGCAGGCCGAAGUCAAGCUCUGGCCCAUCAACAUGAGGAAUAUGAUCGAUCGUAUCCAUUGAGAUAUGAAUCUUUUGUUUCUCCUUUAAAUAUAUUUUGUUACUUGAUUCGGUAUUAUAAAAAUUACAUAAGAAGUUUCUUCUAAUAGAAAAUGUUAGAAGAAUGUUCACAAGAGAG